UUAUAGAUAUACAUUCAUCCAAAAACUAGUAAUAUUCAAACACCGAAAUACACCAACAUGGUCGGAAAAAGGACAUCAUGCGUCGCCGUCCAUGCGGCUCUAAUGACAGUUCUUCUCAUUGCUAUAUCUGUCGUCUCGGAUGAUGCAACGCCAAUACCAGCCGACAAGGCCCAAAUAAAUACCUGGUUCGACAACAAUGUCAAGCCGUACAACCAAAGGAAGGGUACUCUAGAUCCCGCACUGGUGAAGGCUGAAGAGGGUGUUGAAGUUAUUAAGGUCAGGAGCAAGGGAGGAGCAAAUUUCCAGACCAUCACCGAUGCCAUUAACAGCAUUCCGGCCGGGAAUACCAGACGUGUCAUUAUUUAUAUUGGAUAUGGAGUCUACAAAGAGAAAAUUAAAAUUGAUCGGUCUAAGCCUUUUGUUACUUUAUAUGGUGCACCCAACUCAAUGCCAACUUUGACUUAUGACGGUACUGCAGCGCAGUAUGGAACCAUAGAAAGUGCCACCUUGAUCGUGGAAUCCAAUUACUUUGUUGCCGCAAAUAUUAUCAUUGCGAAUUCUUCGCCAAGGCCUGAUGGGAGACGAAAGGGAGCUCAGGCAUCUGCUCUGAGGAUUUCUGGGGACAAGGCAGCCUUCCAUAACUGCAAAAUAAAAGGAUUUCAGGACACCAUCUGUGACGACAGGGGAAAGCAUUUCUUUAAGGACUGCUACAUUGAAGGCUCAGUUGAUUUCAUAUUUGGAAGUGGCACAUCCCUUUACAUGAACAUUACACUAAACGUACUUGGGGAUGGUGGUUUUUCGGUGAUCGCAGCACAAGCAAGGGAAUUUGCAGACGAAACUGGAUACUCAUUUGUACACUGCAGCGUAAGUGGCACUGGAAGCGGAACAUAUUUGGGAAGAGCAUGGAUGAACAGGCCCAGAGUGAUUUACGCCUACACCAUCAUGAGCGGCGUUGUCAGUCCCGUUGGAUGGAGCGACAACUUCCACAAAGAACGUGACGGCACCGUUUUCUAUGGAGAAUACAAGAACUCCGGACCGGGUGCAAGCGUUUCUGGCCGAGCCAAGUAUACCAAGCAAUUGAAUGAAUUUGAAGCCCAGCCCUUCAUCAGCCUUGGCUUUAUUCAGGGUUCCUCAUGGUUGCUUCCUCCUCCAAAGGUUUGAAUAUUUCUACAAUGGAAUAGGCUGGCUCAAACAAAUGCAAACGGAAAUUCCAAUCGCAUGAUCCCUCGUGGCCCCGUGGGUGUCACGUACAGCAUGCAGUACUGCACAUUUUGUAUAUAGAAUCAGGCCUUCCACCGAUCAUAAGAGAGGUGAUUUACAAGAAAGAUGUAUUAUAAUUUUAAAUUAAUAUGCAUAGAUACACCAUAGGCAUCUUUAUUACGUGUAUUCGAAUUAAUAAAGCUAUAUAGUUUCUUCCUUGAA